CAAAUAAUAAUAAACUGAUAAAUGGAGGUCAGAAUGAGACAAUGUGACCCAAACAUUCAACAUCCGGGUUUUAAAUCCAGAACAAACCCGAACCGACUCAGAACCAGACACAGACUAGAUUUCAACUUUUUUCUAAAUCUUCUGUCCCCUGGUGGAGAAAAGUUGCCCAUUCAGAUGAUUCGGGUCUUAAAAAGAGGAGAAACGCAGAUUUAGGUGUUUAUGGAGGAAGUUCCGGGUUUCUGGAUGUUUCCUUCAUCAGGAGGCGAAGAGGAGAAACCAGCAGCUUCAUCUUCCUCCUGGUGGGCGGAUUUCUCCCGCUGCAGACUCUCUGCGCUCAGUCAGACCCGGACUGGGAACACUGGGAGUCAUGGAGCAUUCCUGCUUCUAACAGGCUGAGCUGCAGAUAAGAUGCUGCUGCUGCUGCUGGUUCUGCUGCUCAGCUGCAGCCCGGGCUACCGGCUGCAGGAGGAUUCGGAUCCAGACUGGGGAGAUUUUGACCUGGACCUGGAGCCGCGCAGAGUCCCGCGGCAGGUGAAAACCAUUCUGCUCAAGGAGAACAAACCUCACAUCCAGGAACUGUCCAUCAAGACCAGCGUCAUCUCGCGCUACGCCUUCACGGCGGUGUUCUGCUCCAUGCUGAACCGACACAGCGCUGCAGCUGAAGCCGUCUUCCAGAUCCAGAUCCCUGCUGCGGCCUACGUCUCCAACUUCACCAUGAUCAUCGGAGGGCGUGUCUACCAGAGUGAAGUCAGGCCGAAGGAAAAGGCGGCCAAACCGAGGAACGGCAAAGCCAAGAACAGAGAGUCGAGUGACACAAGCUCGGAGCCGGAGGUGGAGUUGUUCCGGACCACGGUUAGCAUACCGGGCCGGAACCAGGCCGUCUUCCUGCUGAUGUACGAGGAGCUUCUGCAGCGGCGGCUGGGAAGCUACGAGCUGGUCACCAGCCUCAGGCCUCUGCAGCUGGUCAGCCGCCUCAGCCUGGACGUCACUAUCGUGGACCACGCGCCCAUCGUGGACCUGGAGGUUCUGCCGCUCCGCAGCGAAAAGAUCACAGCCAAGUCCGAGGCUCCCAUCACGACUGCAGUCACCAACGAAAACAACGUCUGGAAGGUCACCUUCAGCCCCAACAUCGUCCAGCAGGCCCAGAUCUCCACCAGCGGCGUCCUGGGAGACUUCGUGAUCCGGUACGACGUCCAGCGAGACACCGGGAUAGGAGACAUCCAGGUUUUGAACGGACACUUUGUCCACUACUUUGCUCCCAAAGAUCUGCCAGUCGUUCCCAAGAACGUCGUGUUUGUGAUCGACAGCAGCGCCUCCAUGCUGGGGAAGAAGAUGAGGCAGACCAAAGAUGCUCUGUUCACCAUCCUGAGGGACCUGAGACCUGCUGACCACUUCAACUUCAUCAGCUUCUCCAACAGGAUCAAGGUUUGGCAGCCAAACGCUUUGGUGCCGGCGACGCCGCUGAACGUCCGAGACGCCAAGAAGUUCAUCUAUACGCUGAUUCCCAACGGCGGCACAAACAUUGACGGAGCCAUCCAGACCGGAUCUGCUCUGCUUCGGGAUUACCUGUCGGACCCCAACACCGGAACCAACAGCGUCUCCCUCAUCAUCUUUCUGACGGACGGCCGGCCUACGAUAGGAGAGACUCAGUCCGCCUCCAUCUUGGGAAACACUCGCUCCGCCGUGCAGGAAAAGUUCUGCAUCUUCACCAUCGGGAUUGGGAAUGAUGUGGACUACCGGCUGCUGGAGCGCAUGGCUCUGGAGAACUGCGGGAUGACCAGACGCAUCAGCGAGGAAGCCGACGCUAGUGCUAUGCUCAAAGGGUUCUACAAUGAGAUCGGAACGCCGCUUCUGUCCGACAUCCGGGUCAACUACACCCAGAACUCGGUCGGCUACGUCACCCAGAGCCUCUUCACCAACUACUUCAACGGCUCGGAGAUCGUGGUGGCCGGGAAGCUGACCGACCGCAGCGCCGAGUCGCUCCACGUUCAGGUCACCGCCAGCAACAACGAGCGGCUCAUCACCAUGGAGACGGACGUGCCGCUGCGCCGCCUGCAGGCGGAGACGGAGAAACACGUGAAGGCGGCGACUGCGGCGGUGGACGCUGGAGCCAAGGCGGUGGGGUCAGGGGUCACGCAGGGGUUGGGGAGCUCCCUGGGUUCAGUGGCUGCAGACUUUGUGCGGCGUGUUUGGGGUUUCCUCAGCGUGAAGGAGGGGCUGCGGGCGCGGCUGCGCAGCCGCUCCAGCAGGGAGAGGGAGGAGCAAACCCAGCAGGCCACCAACCUGUCCCUCACCUUCCACUUCCUCACGCCGCUCACCCACAUGGUGCUGGACCAGCCCCGCCCCCUGACCCAGACCUCCAUGGCCCCGCCCACACCUGAUGCCGCCUCACCGGCCAAUGAGCUGCCAGCUGCAGACGACGAGCCGCCACAGAAACCAGACGGGAACCUGGGAGGCCCGGUUUCCUCUCUGAGCAGCCGGAUGGGAAAAGCUGAGAGCGGAUCGGUCAGGAAAUCCAUCACCGUCUCCAAAACCUCAGCGGACGGCGACCCUCACUUCGUGGUGGAGUUCCCUCUCAGUAAGCUAACCGUUUGCUUCAACAUCAACGGAGAGCCUGGAGACGUCCUGCGUCUGGUUUCUGACCACCAGUAUUCUGGUGUGACAGUGAACGGCCGGCUGAUCGGCGCUCCGGCGCCCCCUGGCAGUCAUAAAAAGCAGCGGACUUACUUCAGCAGCGUCGCCGUGGUGAUGGAUCGGCCGCGCCGGACCUACAUCGAAGUGACCCCCACCAAGGUCAUCCUGGACGGGCGGGACCGCAUCGUACUGCCCUGCCACGCCACCGCGGCCGUGGAGGGCGACCGGCUGUCCGUCGCCGUGGUGGGCGGGGCCAAUGUGACGGUGACAGUGGGAGGAAACAUCAGCUUCGUCAUCCUGCUGCACCGGUACAAAAGCCCCAGCCUCUACCAGAGAGACCACCUGGGGUUCUACAUCGGCAACAGCGCCGGGCUUUCACCGCGCUGCCACGGCCUGCUGGGUCAGUUCCUGCAUGAAGAAGUGGGCGUGGCGCCGCUUCCCGCGCCGGGCGAUGCGGGAGACUUGAACCCGUCCGCAUUCCUGAAGGUGAAGGAGCGGUCGGUACCGGUGGUUCGGAAGAGCAGGCGGAUCUACGACGGGAAGCAGAACGUGGACUGCUGGUUUGCCCGGAACAACGCAGAGAAGCUGAUCGACGGCCGGUACGAGGAUUACGUCACGGCUCAACUGUUCGAUACCGGAAACACCAACAACGCAUGAAUACUAUCAUUAUUAUUGUUAUUAUUAUUAUUAUCUGAUUUAACUAAGCAUUAAAUAUAACUUAAUGACGUCAGUACCUGUACGUGUUUUUUACUAUUUCUAAUGAAAUGAAAUGUUUUAUGAUGUUUAAUGUUUUCCAUGUUGAGGUGAAUAAAACCUUUAAACUAG